AGCACACAUCUCUACAUCUUUGAUCUCUUUUUGAAUGUUGAUACUUGGGGACUCUGACCCUAGAUUUGUUUGAUGUGGAUCCAUUCGACCGUCUGAAGUCUAGUCGUGUCAGCAUAUCGGACAUCGGAGCAUCUGCAUGUCCCGGCCAGACCAAGGCAAAUGCAUCACCGAAAACUUUGACUUCUUCAUAGCCCUUGGGCACGAGAAAAGAAUUAGCUACAGAAAGAUAUGUCGAAUACUGAUCCUUCGGGGUCUUCGUCGACAAAUUCUGGGAAGCUGAGUGCGGCCAACAUAUCACGAAAGCUCAACAUAAACUCAGAAAAGGACUGUUUUGAUCUCCUGUUUCAAGAGAUUACAGCUUUGCCAGAGCGUGAACCAUUGGCACCAAGCUCAGUACCUUCGAUGGCUUCUCAACUGUCACUCCUAUCGCAGAGAAGUUCAGCAACAGAUAGUACAACAAGAACCAAUGUCUGGAUAGCAAAGACCGUACGGGCAGCCAUGUCUGAUGCCAUUUCCAAGCCAUAAACAUCAGCAGGGACCAAGACGAUCGAUCUGUCGAUAUCUACAGUACAGUUCGUUGGUUAGUUGAAAAGGUGUGGCUUCAUGCUA